GAUUCUGAUUUAAUGGUGACCAGAAGCUUCCCUGCUGCUCCUGCGAGGGAGGGAAUUAAAGAACGAACGGAAGGGAACUAAUGGCAGACCCAGGGUGGGGUUUUCCCCUCCUGUCUGACACUCAGGUGGUGACAGAGGUUCUGUCCUGGGCUCUGGCAGCCUGGAGCUCGCUUUUCCCCCUGCAGACAAAGCCCUGCCCUCCCUCCUGAGGGGUGAAUUUUUGGGGCAGGGCCGCGUGGGGCUGACAUCGCUUUCCCUUUGCAGUUUCCUGCUUUUUCAACUUCACCAGCCCGUCGGGGACCGUGCUGUCCCCCAACUACCCCGAGGAGUACGGCAGCAGCCUGCACUGCGUGUGGCUCAUCAUCGCCAGCCCCGAGAGCAGGAUCCACCUGGCCUUCAACGACUUCGACGUGGAGCCCCAGUUCGAUUUCCUGGCGGUGAAGGACGGGGGCACGGCCGAGUCCCCCGUGCUGGGCACCUUCUCGGGCAGCCACAUCCCCUCCUCGCUGACCAGCAGUGGCCACGUGGCCAGGCUGGAGUUCCAGACUGACCACUCCAUGGAGAAGAGGGGCUUCAACAUCACCUUCACCACGUUCCGGCACAACGAGUGUCCUGACCCCGGCGUUCCGGUGAACGGGAAGCGCUUUGGGGACAGCCUGCAGCUGGGCAGCUCCGUGUCCUUCCUGUGCGACGACGGCUUCAUCCGCACGCACGGCGCCGAGACCGUCACCUGCGUGCUGCAGGAGGGCAGCGUGGUGUGGGGACAACGCCGUGCUGCGCUGCGAGGGUGAGCCCUGGGAGGGGAGGGCUGGUGUUAGCGUAGGAAAACAUAUAACUACACAAAGGCGAUCAUAUGCGGUUCUUUAUUCCAGCGCGCGGGACACAGGGGUGAUAAUACACCCAAAUCUGAUGUCCAAAGGAUACAGAGUCGAUUCGUGAUUUUUAUAGUUUAAAUUAUACACAUGUUAACUAACCCCCACCCCUAGAUACUGAUUAUCCUAUUCCUUAGUUACUAUCUUAAAUCAUACCUACGCUUCUACCCUGAUCCACACUUGAUUUGGUUAAAACAAUAGCAUGGAGCUGUUUACAGAAGCUGACGCUUGUUCCAAGCUAGCUGCGUCAAGUUCCAGUUGUACGUUCUCUACUUUCCUCCCCCUACACAUUACUCAAUCCAGAAAUUAUAUUUUUUAACCCUCCAC